UUAGUGUACCGUAAUGGUGGCGCUGUCGCAUGUAAGAUGAUGAAAUAUCAAAUAUAGUUUUGGAAAGUUGGUUAUUGAGGGUUUUGCUGUAGGCCAGUGACGAGCGCUGUCACCUCUCGGAAUUUCAAUCGCCCAGCGUUCAUAAGUGGGACUAAGAUAAAGAGGAAAAUAUUGGUCGUUGUUGAUGCAUACGUAUCUGUAGUAAUUUUCAGUAGGAAGGUAUAUGCCAAUGGAUAAAUAUAUGCUUCAUGGUUUUUGAAAUUAAUUACGUAGUUGCCUAGCGGUUAAUUUACAUUUGCGGUGUUUUUUUUUAUUUUUUCAGAAGAUCGGGAUAUAACCGAAGAUGAAUAUCGAAAUAAAGAUCCCAGGUUACUCUGGUUCACAGCCGACUGUUAGUGUUACUCAACCCACAUCCCUGCAAACUAUUCCUGUUGAAUAUAACGUUAAUGUUCCGGAUUCCUCGUUGAGUAGUACAGACUCAGCGCGGCCGAUCACGUCACAGACGUAUCGACAGCAGACGACAUAUGUCACGCCACCGCAACCAAUCAUAAACACGUCACACACUAGAAAUAUUGUCACUUCCACCUCUAAGCGGACGCAGGAGAGAGAUAUCCAAGUGGUUCCUGUAGGACAAGACGCAACAACUUAUCGCGGUUACUACACAACACCAGUAACUGUCACUAGUUCGAAGAAUCCCGACCCAAAACAAUACAUCAUUGGGCCUCAAGGAAACCCACAAAUGAGUUUGGUACAGUAUGACAACCGGAGCUUCCAGGCUACCAUGGAUCUCAGCGAAUAUAGUCCACAGGAGAUCCAGGUGAAGGUGAAGGACAGGACUGUGACAGUAAAUGCCAACCAUAGAGAGGCCAACAACCAAGGCGGUUUCACCCAGCGUAGCUAUAGUCGCCAGUAUACGUUACCAGAUGACGUAAACCCAAACAUGGUGAAAUGUUUCAUAAACGAAAAGGGCGAGCUGGCAGUGGAAGCACCACGAUUCCAGCCCAUUAGUACACAUGAUAGGGUAGUACCAAUUGAGAUGCGUUUCCCGCAGAUCUCACCACCUCCUACACAACAUACCCAGCCGCUUAUUCGAAGUGUAUCACGCACAAGUGUUCCACCACAAUCACCUCCUUCAACUCCUCAGACGAUCACAGAACAGGCGCCUAAAAGACCUCCAAGACCCACAAACUAUGGAGGAUACCACGCCACCGUUAAUAAACCACCACCAUCAACACCACCUCCUCAACGUCGAACGCCCACAGUGUCAUUUAGAGCCACUAAUGAUAUUGAUUCUGGAAAGCGGCAUCCCCCUACCCCAGAAGUGGUGAACGAAAGACAGACUCCGUUUGUCGAAGACGUUACCAGCGACGUAGAAUCACAGAAAAUUGACUUUAAAUCAGCGAAAAAAAUGUUUGAAAAUUAAGAAAUACAGUACUAUAGAAGAUAGUAAAUACAGUACAUUUAAUUUCUUGUUUUGGUAGAUGGAUGCUAACGCGGAUAAUCGCUGUGACGUAGUACUUUUCUAGCAAAUGAUUAGAAGUUUUUAAAGCUAUCUUAAAGAUUACAAUUCGCAAUAACUUAAACCCGCACUUGGGUAUCAAUAAUAUUCUGUCUUCAAUAUUUUGGAGUUAGUUGCAGACACAAUUUUUAACGCUAUUGUUUAAUUGUGUGACUUAACAUCGCUGCUAUUACUUGUUGAAAUAAUUUUACAGGGGAAAAUACGUACGUGUUGACAUGUGGAUUCAACUGGUGAUUAUAAGAUGCUUAGCAUCUGGUUAUGUGUACAUGAAGUAAGGUAUUAAAAUGGAAUUAUUUGUUUCUGAAUAUAAUUGAAUUCGAAAUUACAAUGUUAAUAUAAUAUUCACAUGGAUAGACAUGGCUGGGAUAAUUGUAUAUUUAAUUUGAAAUGGAUUUUGGAGAAAGAAUGAAGAUGAUACGCGCAUGUGCGCCCCCAGGGCCCAUAGUGUCAUAUUUGCUCUGUCGUGAAUCUCACAGUGUUAUUGGAGUUAUUUGGAACAAUCAUCUUCCUGAUUACGAGUCGUUUGUAUCUACAUAUAGUAAUCCUUUGUAGCCUAGAUCGUGAACAUCAUCUAGAAACGGUACCUACCCCUGUGUCUGAUUUGAAUGUGUGUAUAUGAUUGCUAGUAGGCCACAUGGUCACAACAUACCCACUGCUUAAAUGUUUGUCUUCCUUCAAAGUGGUUCACGAGGCAUGCGCCAUGCAUUCACGUAGUGACGUGACGUAAUCAUUCAUUUUAAUGGUGCUUGUCAUCCAGCUCAUUCGUCUGGCAUUAGCUAAUAGCGCGUAAACUCAUUAACUUCUACGUGCGCUGCCCUUUCCUAUUUUUUUAGAAAUGUAGGGAUUGUAACUUUUAUAUACGUAAAGCCGAGUAAGCCACUUCUUGUGAGUCCGUAAGUUGUUAGAUCGUAACUGUCUUCUUCGGUUACAAUUUGCGAGCCCUUCUGUCAUCACCAUCGCUAUUGUCUGUAGACUUCUGAGCAAACAAAUGAAUGAUCGAGAAUAAUUGUCUGCACAUCUUAAGAAUUGUUUCAUACUAAGAAAAUAAUUGAGCGUUUGCCUUCGAACAAAUAGUUUAAAAUAAUGUUCACACUCUCAUUUUUUAUAUUCAAUGUCGUAGUCACUUUGAUAUAAACAAGGAAACAUUACCAAUUAUAGGCCUAUCGAUGGAGGUUUAGGUUAAGGUAGUUUGGAUAAUCACUCUUCGCUGCUGCUUCACUGAGUUGUGUAUACGGUACAACAAAUUGGCAAUUAACGAAAUAGUAUGUAAAACACUACACUAUAACUCCAGUCGUAAAAUAGUACGUAUUGCAUUGGAUAUUGAUACUUUUAAAAAGUAUAGUUUUCAUUAUUUAUUGAUUGAUUAAUAUGAAUCUAUGCAGAUAUUUUAUAUUAUUUUGUGACGUCUUUAUCAAAAACUAUCAACACUGAUACAUUGAAUAUAAAGAAGUAAUCAGCUGCAAGAUAAAGAGGCAGUCCCAAAUGUUCUUGUAAAUUUGAUAAGCCCGUAUAUAUGAUUAUAAUUUGAACUCAUUUAAAAUAUCAACAUCCUUAGCUCUUCAUCUUGUGAUUGGCUGACACUACACUUACGCUGCAUCGUACGCGCAUAAUGACUUCGCUCGCAUGGUUGCCGUUUUAACAGACGACACUUGGAACCAUAAGACACAAGCGUUCGAAGUGUAUUUUUCAUUUGUCUCGUCUCAAGUUUCUGUAAAUCACCCGCUGACGUUUGACUCUAGGGGAGCACUACACAGCGUCUCCUUGUUUGGUUAUCGUAUUUUAUCAAGCGAUGUACACUAUGUAGUCGGUGUGUUUUGUGGCAAAUACAGUAUUAAUAAACAAUUAAUGGACUUGGUAGUUAUUAACAUUAUCUGCAAUUAUAUUUCCGCUUGAUGUUAAGAAAUAGAUUAUUUAAAAAUUUGUAAACUAAAGCACACUGAGUGUCAAAAUUUAAACACAUGUAUUAUAAUUUCUAUAUUUUUAAACGCACAAUGUUGUGCAAUAUAGCCUACAACCAUGCUACAACUAAUAAAUGUACGAUUCAUACAUUUGUAA